AUGUCGUGCCCUUUUCAACAAAGUCUUACUGGUCGCCUUACCGGCAAAGAUCCUAAAGCCGAGCAAAUGGAACAAUUCGAAGUCGACAUGAAGGGCACGCAAGCCACCACUAACUUUGGCUGCAAAGUCGACGAUCAGCAUACUUUGAGAGCCGGUUUGCGCGGUCCCUCUUUGAUGGAGGACUUUGUCAUGCGCGAAAAAGUGAUGCACUUUGAUCAUGAACGUAUUCCUGAGCGUGUAGUCCAUGCCCGUGGUGUGGGUGCUCACGGUUACUUUGAAACCUAUGAAGACUGGUCGGACUUGACAGCCGCCAAAUUCUUGCGUACAACUGGUAAGAAGACCCCCGUCUUUGUACGCUUCUCCACUGUGCUUGGUUCUCGCGGCUCUCCCGAUACUGUACGUGAUGUCCGCGGAUUUGCUACCCGUUUCUACACGGAAGAAGGCAACUUUGAUUUGGUCGGCAACGUCAUUGCACCAUUCUUUGUUCAUGAUGCUAUCAAAUUCCCCGAUAUCAUCCAUGCCGGUAAGCCCGAACCUGACACUGAAACACCGCAAGCUGGUACGGCCCACGAUACAUUCUAUGAUUUCGUUUCCAUGUUCCCCGAAUGCCUUCACACCGCCUUGUGGGCAUUGUCUGGUCGCGGUGUCGUCAAGAGUUUCCGUCAAGUCGAAGGUUUCGGUGUUCACACUUUCCGCUUAAUUAACGAACAAGGAAAAUCCGUUUUCGUCAAGUUCAUCUGGAAGCCUCUCCAAGGUCUCUCUAACCUUAUUUGGGACGAAGCCCAGAAGAUUUCUGGUCAAGAUAUCGAUUUCCACCGCAAGGAUCUCCAAAUUGCAAUUGACCGUGGCGAUUAUCCUGAAUGGGAAUUGUGUGUUCAGAUUAUUCAAGAGGAAGAUGAACACAACUUUGACUUUGAUCUUCUUGAUCCUACCAAGAUCAUCCCCGAAUCAAUUGUCCCCGUCAAGCGUCUCGGCAAAAUGACGCUCAACCGCAACGUCAAGAACUUCUUUGCCGAAACCGAGCAAGUCACUUUCUGUGUCGGUCAUAUUGUCCCUGGUAUUGGUUUCACCAAUGACCCGUUGUUGCAAGGUCGUCUCUUCAGUUACUUUGACACUCAGCUCAACCGUAUGAAUGGUGCCAACUACCUUCAACUGCCUAUCAAUCAGCCCAUCUGCCCUGUUACCAACAACUACCGUGAUGGUUACAUGCAAUCCAUGGUCCACAAGGGCCCCGUGUCUUACUAUCCCAAUGGACUCCAAAACAAUGCACCUGAUGUGGUGCCACCCGAGAAGGGCGGUUAUAUUCAGCCAAACGAAAAAGUCGACGGUCGUAAAGUGCGUGGACAGGUGUCUAGCGUCGAAGAUUGCUAUUCUCAGCCUCAGUUGUUCUGGAACUCGUUGACCGCCGCUGAGAAGCAACAAGUGGUCGAUGCUGCUCGCUUCGAAAUUGGUAAAGUCAAGUCCAAGGAAGUGCGUCAGCGUAUGAUCGAUGUGUUCAACCGUAUCGAUAAUGGUUUGGCUCGUCGUGUUGCCUACGGUAUUGCUGUUCCUCUUCCUGACAAGGUGGUCGACAAUCCCGGAAAGACUAGUGUUGGUUUGUCCAUUGAAGAAUAUCCCAAGCCUCCUCACAUCAAGACCAAGACCGUGGCUAUUCUUACCGCUCCCGGUAUUGACACCGCCGAUGCUGAAACCAUGUUCAACUUCUUGGAAAAGGAAGGCGCCUAUGUCGAAUACGUUGGCAUGUGUCUUGGUGAAGUGCAAGGUUUGCCUAUCACCAACACAUACACCACCACCUCCUCGCCUCUUUGGGAUGCAGUUUAUGUGCCAGCCGGAAAGAAGGGUAUCGAGAAGUUGAUGGAUACAACUAGCGCCUUCCCCUACGAAGAACCUGCGGUGUUCCUUCUCGAUGCUUUCCGCCACGGUAAGCCUAUUGCUGCAGCAAGCGAUGCUGUCGAACUCUUGAAGGCUGCCAAGGUGAAAAUGCCCGAGGGCAACGGUGAAAAGGAUGGCGUUGUCAUUGGUAGCAAAGCUAGUGCUAUUACCAGUGACUUUAAGAAGGCCAUUAUGCAGCAACGCUUCUGGUCCAGAUUGCCUUUGGAUCCUGAAAUCUAA